GAUUCCAGGAGCCAGCGGCAAAUACAAACGAAACGGAGUUCAUUUGUUAAGAAAUGUAUGAUUUCCAACCAUUGUCAUUAAAUAAGCAAGGACCCAUUGGUUAGAACUUCUUCAUCAAGACACAAAAUGUCUGCGUUAUUCAACAAUGAAAAGAACAAGUCUGAUAACCCUUUUUAUGAUGCACCAGAACCAAGAGCAUUCUACCACCCUACACUGACCAAACAUCUCACAAAGAAAACAAGAGCAAUUUCUUUAAGUCCUGAGAGAGUGAAAUCCCAUCUCAAAUCAAGUGAUGAUGUUCAGCAUAGGAGAGUGAAGGAGCUGAGUCCUGGAGAGAAAGGGUUCCUGUCUGGAUCAAACACCAUGCUUGCAAAGGAACUCCCAACCCAUGACACACCAAGUCCAGGGCCUGCCGAUACGUCUUCUAAAUUUGAUGAAUCUUGGCCGGCCAGUGAACGGCCUUCUACAAUUGAAAGCCCUGCUGAUGCUCAGAAUGUGUCCUCUUCUUCAGCAGCUACCAGCCAUGCCCCUGUCUCUGGCGUUUCACUGUCCCCACAUGAUGUAAUUGGUACACAGGAACAUAUCUCAACUCAUGAAUCAGACAGUACAUUGGCCAGGUUCAUAGACCGGUUCCGUUACGGUGCUCCCAAGAGUAGAGAAGAGAGGGCGCGGCUUUCGGCUACCGGUAGCAAAGACUUUUGGUGGCUGUCGUCUUCCUCGUCAUCUCCACCACUUCCAUCCCAACAACCAUCAUCAUCCUCGAUGUCUAGUCAAGCACCCACCAAGACCACACCCAUCCGAGGAACAAGAUUAUCUCGGGGUGUAAAGGGGUUAGAAGGAUCUCAUAGGGGUGGAGCUGGUGGUGGAAGGGGUGUAUCAAGGAUACCCUCCUGGUCUGGAGUCUCAAAGAGUGGAGUCUCAUCUCUAAGUAGUGGUAGACGAGUGAGCGGUGUUUCAACACUCAGCUCUUCAUCAAGCAGUUCCAUGAAGAUGCCUUCUCCUGUGACUGAUAAGGAGACUGAUGAGAUUCAGAGAAGAGCUGAAAAACUUCUUGAAUUAAGUGAUAGGACUAUCCUCAGUGAGCCACCCGUGAGUUCUGAUGGCAUAGGGUCAUUCUCUACUAGCUCACCAAUCACAGAUGAUACACCGCCCUCUAGAGACAGUGAUGUGUACAGCUCAAGAUAUCGUGACAAAGAGAACAUACCAAGGCCCCCGCUCUUCCCAGCCAAUCUCAAUUACACACAGCGCCCUCAACGCCCCGAGGAAGAUAUUCUGCAACAGUGGCGUAUGAGACGCAGGAUGGAGCAGGCCAAAGAGGGAGCGCUUCAUAGAGUACUGGGUCAAAUGUCAGAACGCCCUCUCAGGCCGACUCAGGUGGAUAAUGUCAGGAAAAGAGACAUUACUGAAGGAGGUUCUAGGCUUGAAAACUUCCGAAGGCGGUUGCAACAGCAAAAACUUCUAACCGAAGCAAGAGUGGCAAGCAACAUCCAACAGGGGCCCACUAAAGCUGCCACCACAACUCACUCUGGGACAGAUCCUAUCCCACAAUCCAUUGCAACACAGACAGGAAGAGCAGGGUCAUCUUGCAUCCAGACUGGUAGUGGUUCCCAUUUAUAUGAUCAAGCAAGUCAUCUCCAACAGGAAAGAACAUUGAGAAGUGAUACCUUGCGGGUAGGAGAGGAGGAAUGUCAUCAGCCAUAUCCAGUAGCUAGUCCAAAUGUCCAGGCUGCUGAAUCCCGUUGGGGUCAUGACCCAAUGUCUGUUCCCAAUGUCGUCCCUCAUUUGCAUAUGUCAUGUGAUAUACUGCCCUGUGGUGAAAGGGGUCCCCAUGUGCAUACUGAAAGGGACGUCAAGGACAGAGUGGAUAAUGUUGGACAUGGGAGAUCAGACCUAGCCCAUACCGAGUCUCAGCAUAAACAUCCUUAUGGACAUGAUCAUUACAGAAGAGUUGCAAGAAAUAAUGCAUCAAUAGAUUUGCCACACAAACAAGCAACUUUCCCCAAUGAGAAAGACCAAAGAAUUUUACAUUUACCUCAAAAUACCCACCAUCAAGAGAGGCGACCUCCGAAUUGGUCUGAAACGUGGACAGAUGAAGAUGAGUGUAGCUUGCAUAGUUCAGGGGGACAUGACAGAACAUCCCAUUAUGAUGGACCAAGCAAGGGUCCUAGAAACUCGUCUUCAGAUUACAUCCAAGAGAUGGCAUCAGGAGAGUCUCCACAUGAUCCAAGUCGGUUACUGGAUGCUGGGCAGCAAUCUGCUGUUGAUGAUACCAGAACAGUUGAUCAUCAUCAAGCACUUCCAAGUGGGACGAGAACUCCUGCCGACUCCUGCAGCACAGUGAAGUCUGCUCAAGAUGAGGCUCUAACAAUUGACACUAGGCAACCUUCUGCUUCCGAAGUUACAAGAUCUUCUGAUCAAACAUCAGGAACUAGGACAAGAACUCUGCAGGGUGUGCAGGAGGACACAAUACAUGAUACCUCCUCAGGAGAAAUGCAGGAGAGACAUAUUACCAAACAGCAGCAAAGACCAGAUGAUGGAGAAGAUGCAGAUGGAGCAAAACGUCAGCUACAGUUUGGCUCCUCCUCACCUAUCAACAGUGCCAUUGGACAAGUAAUUAGUGAUAGGAUAUUCAGCUCCCCUAAAGGUCAAAGGUCAACACCAUCCAGCAUCAGAUCACCUGCAUUGAGCCAGGAUACGUUGAUGUUUACUCCACCAGUAGAGAGCAAAGCUUCCUCACAAGAGAGAAUAUCAAAAGGUAUACUUCCAGAGCCUCCCGAUCCUGAACCCCCCGAGUCUGUUGGUAGCUCUGACAGCGAAGAUUUCAAAGAUGAUGAAAUGCUUCAGGUCCUUCGCAAGCAGAGAGAAGAAUGCAUACGGAAGCUGAAUCAUCUAGAUAGCCUGCUUUCUCAUACAAGUAUUUGAUCCUUUACAAUUCAUUAUCAUAUCCUGUAUCUAUUUGAAUGUAUCCAUUAGGACCAACCAGAGGGCUUUAGUAAAUGGUAGAUUUGUAAAGACCUACUCUUUAAAGCAGUUUUUUCUACUCACAGGUCAAGGCCAACUGUAUUAUGAUGUAACACAUCAAGAAAUUCUAUUUAUAUCAAGACAUGUUAAGUUUUUAAAACUUAUCAUGCACCUACAUUUAUAAUGCAUUUUAAAGACAAAGGAUAUGAUAAUACAACUCAUGAAUAACGCCAUGUGAAACAUAUCAUUGUUUUAUAUGUGCAGCUUUUGUGCAGCUUUUAUUGAGCGUGCCGUCAUAACAUUAUAUAACAUGCAGCAUGUCUGUCAUUGUUCAAAGGUAAUGAUGCUGAUCGUUGGAAACAAAUCAUGUCAUGACUGAACUUUGAUAGUUUUUGUGGAAAAUCCCAUGAUAAUAUAAACGUAUAAGAGUACCCCUAUCAUCCUUACAUGAUGUCAUGAAAAUAGUUUUGUGCAUUAUUUAUUAAUGUUAUUUUUUGUGUUGACUUAUUCUCAUGUUGGUUUAUAUUCUCUGAUAUCAUCAAGUGUAAAUUAAGUUUUAUCACUGAUGUGGCCUUUACAAGACAAACACCUGUUACCAUAUUCUUAUAAGUUUACUCUCCAAAGUCAGAUUUUGUUGUAUUCUUAAAAACCCCCUGUAUUUUAUUCAGAGCAAAUUGCUGCAGUUGUGCAAUUAUUUGAUAGAGUUAUAUUAAUACAAAUUAGACAUGAUUGCAUAAAUACCACUUGGAUUAUUAACACACCAUUUUGUUUCAAAUACUAUGAAAAGACAGUAUUUUGGGCUAUUCCUGGAAUACUAAUCUACUGCUAUACACAUAUGUCAACUACUAAUACAAUCUUAGCUACGAUAUCAAAGUGACUAUGCUUUGUGCAAGGUAGUGUACAAACUCGAUCGCUGCCUUUUUAGCAUAUCAUCCAUGAUUUUAAAUUUUGAAGUGAGCCAAUAGAAACUGCCUUAUGUGUUUUAAAAGGUGUAUAACUUACUGUUGGGCCAUCGAUGCCCUUGAUGUCUUAUAAUGCACAUAAGAUUCAGUCUACAAUCCUUUCCAUGAUAAUUGUAUUGCAUUGCUUUGCUCACCUAAAGAUGUAUAAUACUUGCAAUUUUAAGAAUCAUGGAAAACUGGAAAUUGUAUUUUUAAUGUAACUAUAUCUAUUAUUAAAAAGAAUAACAAUAUCAAAAAAUAGUAGACUCCUCUCUUCAGGAUCCCACUUUAGUCCUUGGAGUCUAAGCUGACUUUUGCUGAAACUAACUGCAAAUGUAAGUAAAAUCUAUAGUGACUGCAAGUAAAUAUAAGACAUACACAUUAUAGACAAUCCAACAUAUAAAUAAGCAGUUGAGCUAAACAUUGUAUUAACUUUGCACAGCAAGGUAUAGUUUCGCACAGAAAUUGGUCGGUACUUAAAAUAAUUUACAAUAUAUAUAUGCAAAUGAUCACUCACAAGAAAUGUAAGAAUGUACAUUGUUUCAAACACUUUAUGAUCUAUGGUUGGAUGCUAGUUUUGAUUGUAAAUCCACUGUUACUGUAAGUACAUGUACAUGAUAAUGGAGUGGUAAUAUACACAUGAAAAGUGCAAAUUUAAAGUUCAGAUGAACAUCAGGGAAAAUCAUAGUACAAAAACAGUAAUGGUUCAUACAUAUAAAUCUAAAAUACUGUACCCAAGUCUGCAAAACAUUGAGAAUCAAAUAAAAAAGAACUAUAUUUUUGUCAUGAUUACUUUACAAAUAUAUGUCUAGAGUAUCCUACACUUUUCAUUAUUUCAUAGGUAAUAUCAUUUUCCUUUUGUAAAUUCACAUGUAUACUUAAUUUGUAAUUAAUAUAAUU